UGGUGGGUAUAGACCCAAACUACAAGGCACAAAGCACUACAGAGCAAAGGAGCUAAACCAACUUCACCACUCGGUCUUCUUCUACACAAGGAAGGCGCUAGCCCUCACCGCCGUCAUCACAGAAUAUGGGCAUCAGAUUUCUUCUUAACAUUGCCAUUCGGAAUUUCUGUGGAGAUGGUCUGCAGCAUGUUCAGAUAAUGUGAAGAAAUGGUGGGACUAUCCAUAGGAGAAAAGCAUUUUAUACAGGGUGGCAUUGCUCAGGAUCUUCGAUCUGAUGGCCGAAAAAGAUUGACAAUUCGGCCCAUCUAUGUUGAAACUGGAGUCAUUUCCCAGGCAAAUGGUUCAGCAAGGGUCAGGAUGGGUGCCACAGAUGUCAUUGCCUGUGUGAAGGCAGAACUUGGAAGGCCGAAUGCGUUGCAACCUGACAAAGGAAAGGUCGUUGUGAAUGUUGAUUGCAGUCCCACUGCAGCACCAAUGUUUGAGGGUAGAGGGGGUGAGGAGCUGUCAGCAGAACUCUCAGUUGCUCUUCAACGUUGUCUCUUGGGUGGUAAAAGUGGAUCUGGUGCUGGAAUUGAUCUCUCCUCUCUGGUAGUUGUGGAAGGAAAGAUCUGUUGGGAUCUUUACAUCGACGGCCUUGUUGUUAGUUCAGAUGGGAAUCUGCUAGAUGCCCUUGGUGCUGCUAUAAAGUAUUAUGUGGCCAAAGAAAAGUCCAGUGGCAUGACUUAUCUUUUAAAGAAACUGAUGUUCCCCAAGGCUGCUUUGAGCAAUACAGGCAUCCCAAAAGUAAAUGUUGCAGCUGGUGCAUCAGGCGAUGAGCAACCAGAGGUUGACGUAAGCGAUGAGGAAUUUCUGCAAUUUGACACAUCUAGGGUCCCUGUCAUAGUUACAUUAACAAAGGUAGGCAGGCACUAUAUUGUAGAUGCCACUUCAGAAGAGGAAUCACAAAUGUGCUUGGCUGUUUCUAUUUCCAUGAAUAGGCAAGGCCACAUUUGUGGGUUGACAAAACGGGGAGGUGCCGGCCUAGAUCCAAGCAUCAUUCUUGACAUGAUAUCUGUGGCAAAAACAGUAAGUGAGCAGCUGAUAAACACAUUGGAUUCUCAUAUAGCUGCUGCUGAAGCUGGCGAAGAGGAGUCGUGACAUAAUUAGAACCUCUGAUACAUUUAAGUAGGUGGGUUCGAGUGGGUCCUAGGUAUAUGAAAAUUGUAAUGCUGAUAAUUUCACUUAAAGCUGAUGAGAACGUUUGAUUUGUUGUAUGCGUAUUUGGCACCAUUUAACCAAAAUUAGUAUGGGUCUUUUGCUUUGCUGAUA